AAAGGCUUGCCGGAGAGCAGACAUUCAGUAUAACUGGUUUUACUUGUUGGGUUAGUAGGAAGGGAACCUUUUCAGACCGAGGUGUAUGAUCUUAUCACAAAAGCCUGCCAGUAACAAAUCGUGCACUACACAGGAAAGGGAACGGACACAACAGUAGUUCAGGAUGGCUCUCAAUGUGCCUGGUCUGGCGGUGAUGGCAGUGUUCUACAUUUUAAUUUUGGGCACGGGACUCUGGGCGUCCCUGCGUUCCAAAAAGGAGGAGAAGAAGUUCAAGGGAGAUGGAAUGGAGAUGACUCUAUUGGCCGGGCGUAACAUCAACUUGCUCGUCGGCAUCUUCACUCUUACAGCUACGUGGGUUGGUGGAGGCUUCAUCCUUGGUAUAGCUGAGGCAACAUACAACCCAACCCUGGGCGCAGUGUGGGCCCUCAUGCCUGUGCCUUAUGUACUGACCUUCUUCUUAGGUGGCUUUUUCUUUGCCAAGCCCAUGAGAGAGAACAAGUAUUUGACAAUGAUGGACCCCUUCCAGCAGAAGUAUGGGAACGUCCUGAGCGUUCUGCUAAUCAUUCCCGCACUAGUGGCUGAUGUCCUGUGGGUGGCCCGCACACUCGUCAGUCUGGGGGGAACUAUGAGCGUGAUCCUGGAUCUGUCCUACGUUUACUCCAUCGUCAUCUCCUCAGUGGUGGCCAUAAUCUACACUCUGCUGGGGGGGCUGUACUCUGUGGCUUACACAGACGUUAUCCAGCUCAUUCUCAUCUUUAUCAGCCUGUGGGUGUGUGUUCCUUUCCUGUUGACCAACCCUCACUCUCUGGACAUCUCACUGACAGCCUACAACCAGACCUUCCAGGCUCCCUGGGUCGGAACGGUGAAGCUCGACGAGGCCGGAAAGUGGUUUGACGACUUCAUGCUGCUGGCUCUGGGGGGCUUGGCCUACCAGGCGUUCUACCAAAGGAUCCUGUCAGCCUCAUCUUACACCCAGGCGCAAGUGACCUGCUUUGCCUCCUCCGCCUUCUGCCUGGUGCUGGGUAUACCCUCUGUGCUGGUGGGAGCUGUGGCUGCAUCUACAGACUGGAACUCAACCGGCUAUGGAUUGCCCACCCCGUAUGAGCGUGACCAGGCAGGCUCUAUCCUCCCUAUCGCCCUGCAGUACCUCACGCCCGCCUACAUCUCUGUCAUCGGCAUUGGAGCUGUCGCUGCCGCUGUCAUGUCCUCCAUGGACUCAGCUCUUCUAUCCUCCGCCUCAUUGUUGUCUUCAAAUAUUUACAAGAACAUCCUCAGGAAGCAGGCUUCAGACUGUGAGAUGCAGUGGGUGAUCCGUAUCUCAGUGGUGGUGGUGGGUAUGGCUGGCACUGCGCUUACUUUCCUGGACAGCAGCGUCCUGGUCUUCUGGCUCGUGGGUGUGGACAUGUCCUACACAAUCAUGUUCCCUCAGCUAGUCUGCAUCCUCUUCUGCAAGGUGUCUAACGGUUAUGGCGCCAGCGUGGGCUACAUGAUUGCAAUAAUCAUGAGGAUCCUGAGCGGCGAGCCACUCAUCGGCCUGCCACCCGCAAUCAGGUUCCCCGGCUGUCGGCUGGAUGCCGAAGGAGUCUUAACCCAGUACUUUCCCUUCCGCACUACCAUCAUGGUCAUGUCACUUGUGUCCAUUCUGCUGUUCUCCUGGUUGGGGUCCAUCGUUUUCAACAAGGAACUGCUUUCUGAGAAAUGGGAUGUGUUUAGGAUCAAGCGCAAGCAAAAACCUGUGGCCAGAGCCACAGACGACAAGAGGAUCAACUCGGAUAACGAAGAGGCCUCCACGGCAAGGCAGCUUCUGGACACCACCAGCCUCUAAGGAGGUUCGCAAAAAUGGAGGGAAGGUGGGCACCGGGUGGAGGCAGACAUGUUUGUUUGUCUGGUAAGCAAGAGUUCACAGAGGGAACCACGUCAAAGACGGGACAUCGAGUACAGACUCUUUACAGUAUCCCAGUGAAUUUGUGACAACGACAUAAACAUCAGUGGAGUGUGUGCUCUCUGAUCCCUUACCUAAUCCAUUGUCUCAUGGUAGUCUACGCAGAAAGCAGUCAAAACAGAAAUCCUAGGUAUGUUACACUCGCACACAAGCUAUAACACAGAGCAAAGAUUUUAACAUAGAUAAAGGCCCAAGUAAAAUACCAGAUCAUCAUACGCCCCUGUAAUAGAAGCAGUCCACACAUUGAGACCAAAGGCAAAUUCAACCAUAAAACCAUUUAAAUGAAUUUCCAAAAACAAGAUUUUUAGCUAAAUAUUCACAAUAUGCAACGUAUACCUCACCAUUACAUUACAUUACAUUACAUGUCAUUUGGCUGACUCUUUUGUCCAAAGCGACUUACAAUUAUUACACCAGUGUUAAUUUCGUUGACGAAAACUAUAACGAAAACUAUUCGUUAACGACCCUUUUCUCAUGACGAAGACGAGACGAAGACGUAACGAAAACGGAUCUUUGAAAAUAAAAACUAUGACUAAAUCUAUUUUAACUUUCGUUGACGAGACGAGACGAAAAUGUUGGUGGUUGACUGUCACAAUAAUUUUUAAAACAUCAUCGUAUCAGGCCGUCAUGAAGUAUCAGUAGCGGGCGAGUGAGUCUGUGUGUCUGUGUGUGUGUGUGUGCCUGUGCGCUCCCAGAUAGCGCACCGGUCCGUAGCUCCGCCCCCCGCCCCGCGCACUCGCUCAGGGAGACACAGUGAAAGCAGAGCUCGUUCUCGUGGAGCAGCCGCUCAUUGACUGACUGCUUCUUAACAGUGGAAACAGUGAAAACACCGAGUUUCUCUGGUCUCAGCUGCUCAGAGAUCAGCGCCGCAGCUUCUUGAUCAGAGCAGAAGCUGCAGUUGGUUUGAACCGAGCUGCAGUUUCUGUGUCAGUCUGACCUGCUCUCACUUUUUGUUUUCACAUUUAAAACUAAAUAUAUAUUUUUAAGCUAUUAGGCUGCAGCUAUAUGUUUUUAUAGAAAAGGAGUUUAAUGUGGCUAUUAAAUGUGACUAAAACUAGACUAAAAUGUAAUUCGUUUUCGUCGACUAAAACUAGACUAAAACUAAAAAGGAUAAAAAUGACUAAAUGUGACUAAAACUAAUUUUCAUUUUCGUCAAAAGACUAAGACUAAGACUAAAUCAAAAAUAGCUGCCAAAAUUAACACUGUAUUACACUCAACAUUUAUUUAUUAUUACCAUUCAUUAGAUAUUCUUAAAUAAAGAUUGCACAACCACACUGAUUGAGACCAGCCUAACACCAAGAAGGGCUCCUCCUUUGACCGUGAUGGGCUCGCUUUAUGGUCACCCGCACAAGAAAUAGACUUCAUGACUAAGAAAUCAGUUCAGCACAAUAAUGAUAAAUAGUUUACAGAGUAAAAAUCUGCCCUAACCCUAACCCAUCAGAUUUUUCUUUAGUAAGAGAGAGUGAGUUAGACUCGAGUCAAGUCUUCUCAGAAAAACAGGAACGCAAGCCACCCUCUCCAUCCUUUAGUAAAGGAAUCAUUGAUUAGCUUGACUCGGGUGUGGCUGGUAGGAGAAAUGUCUCGUGUUGACGCAAUCAUUGUUCCUGUGUACCUCUCUCUGUGUGAUCCUUUGCAAAUGGUUUGACAAGCAAGACAGGGCUCUCUUUCAGACCAGAACAAAGAAAUGCUCCCCAACGAACAAAGAAUGUGUGCAUACUUGUUUGCACUGUUCUAUGACGCGUCUCUGAAGGACGUUUUUUUUAUUUUCUCUACCGGAUCUUUUACCUUCAGCUGUACUACACAGCAGCACGAUUUUGACAUUAACAAUGUUACUCAUAUAAACAAAGUAUCAUUGCUUCGUAACUGUGAUUUUAUUUCAAAUGUAAAUGUACUGGUCACUGAUCACUAAGCUAUGUUUUAUCAUACAUCUUUCCUUAGCACCAGUCCACUGUCCUCACAAAAAUGAAUCUGAAUAAAUGGAAGGAGAGAGUAAUCAGAGCUUAUAUUAUAUAAAAACUAUAAAUCCAUGUACAUUUUUUGCAGCGAAACCUUUACCUCCAUCUUGGAAAUGUUGGAGACAGAUUCUUUUUUUCACCGUCAUCAAAAGGUUAAGCAGAGAACAAUUAUUGUCCGGCUAAGGUCAUACAAAGUUUGGGACAAAUGGAAGCUGAUCUCUCAAGUCUCUUUGAAGAGAGCCAGUCACUUGGUCAGUUCACCAAUGUGCUGCAGAGGGGAGCUGUCGGGGAGGUUUGGUGCCUCAGCUCUGAGGCGUGAGGACUUUGAUUAAGAGAGAUGAUUUAAGGCUAAGGAGGAGGACAUAAUCACAAGUGAUUCAUUUAUUCCACGUGGUGAGGAGUGCCACAAUGGAAAUAAAGUAAUGUUAACAAGUAAAUUAAGAAAUUAAGAAAAUAAAUACAAACUUGAGGAUUUAUUACAAUCUCUCUUCGUCCUGCACAUACAGGCACUCUGAAAAUAUGCCUUAAAUAAAUAUUCAAAUUAUGAAAAAAUAUAUUUUCAAUGGUUUAAUUAUAUGGCCUUUAGUCUGAUACACAUAGAGAUAGGAAACAGAGAGAGGGAAGGAUAAGUUGUAGUCACCGAAGACAGGGGCCAAUUUAUCUCCGCAACUGAGCCCCUCGGUGCUAUAACUGUAACAGACGCCCAGCGUCCCAAAUUGACCGAGCGCAAACAGCGGUCUCUCAGAAAAUAAUGUACAUACACAAACAUUUUAAAUAAACUUUCAACGGUCAAAGGAGAUGGGUAAACACCGCCAGAGGAGGAUAACCCACAGGGCUGGGGCUGACUGAACACAUACCUGGGGUGAACUGUACGUGUCAAGUGAUGUGAAGAUGACGUGGGGAGGAAACAGAAGCUGCUCUGACAGCUGAUAGAGAGUUAUUUCUUAAGGCAGUAAAGUCGGCUGACAAUCAUUUUUAUAAAAGCAUAGAAAACAUGUUCUUCUGAUUUCACUGUGAUGAUGUAUUAUCAGGGGGUGUUUUUUGCGGUGAAAACCAAAGGAACAAUAAGCCUUCUGAGAAAGAUCUCAACAAGCAGACUGUGACGGUGCGCUCGGCGACCAUCACGGCAGUUAUACACUGCCCCGAGUACACGUGUGUGACGGUGCGCACAGCGUCCAUCACGGCAGUGAUACGCUGCAUCGUUUACACGUGUAUCUCUACAAAUGUUAACUAUGUGUUGCACGUCUGUUGUCCGUGGCCACAUACCAUGUUUAUGUUUAUUAACCCAUCCAUUUCCAUCCAAACAGCCGUGCAAAAGCUUCCUUCCACCAAGUACACCGCUACAGUUUAUACACCUUUGUACCCGUCAGUUUUCCGUUAAAAUCACCACUCCGCACAAUGUCUUAUGUUAUAAAUGUUCCGUUUAUUUGGUUUAAAAGGUCACAUUAAUUGCAUAUUACUCAGCGUCGUUUUACCGUGGUUCAGCGUCGCGUCUUCGUUUGUUGUGAAAGGCGAGCGCCCGGUGACGCGGAAGUAAAUAGGCGUUCGACUUCCGGGUUAGCCGGAAGUGAACCCGAGGAGUAUUUUAUUUUUGUUUAGAAUGAUAUUUUAUUAGUUUGCUAUGCCUUCUUGGGGGAAUUGUGCAGUUAAUAGGUUGCAAAGUAUUUGUCUUGUCAAAUAAUUUGUGGGAUAAGCUGUUAAAGCUUUGGGGGAUUUUUUACCUGUGACACCCCUGUGUUUGAUUGUAUGUUGGAUUGUUCCAACUGUGGGGGCGGGGUUAGAUCGCAUAUAAGCCUGUGGGUUCAGUCUGUAAGGGGAAAAAGCAAGAGAAGGACGUAAGUCUGAGAGCGCCCCUUGGAAGUGUUAUGCUGAGAAGUAUAUUGAUAUUGAUAUUGAUAUUUGUAUUGUAUUGUAUUGGGCCCACGUGCCGCUUUAUUUUUUUUGAUUUGCAAGUGUUUGUUUUUUCUUGCUUUUUUUUUUUUUUUUUUAAAUUAUAUAUUUUUCUAGUUAAUUCUGCCUUGUCGGCCUUAUUAUGGGAUAAUAAAUAAUUCCCUUUAUUCACCUUCAUCGCUGAGUCUCCCUGAGAGUUUUUUCCACCACGCUCAAACCACUCCUUUACAUCCCACCUUCAACAUUUGGUGGCAGUGGUGGGAUCCAGUGACCGCGAGCGGCUCUCAGUGAGUAUAGAUGGAGACCAGAAGUGGAGUUACGGCACUCCCUGGGGCUGACUCUGCAGGAGACCCGGGAGCAAGACCGAAAUCUGCAGCGGCGUCCAGGACGCACAUCCCAGUGGUCGUAGACCGGACCGAUCGGCUGGAGCAUAUUUUGAAGUCGGUGGUGGACUGUCAGCAGAGGCAGCAGGACCAGUUGGACGUGGAGGCACAGCGCCAUGAUCAGCGGUGGAAAGCUAUGGAGCAUCAAUUUCACCAGCUACAGAGGUUGGUGAGAGGGGAGACGGCGCGACAGUCCCUCAUAGAGCUGCAGCAAAACAACCCGCCCAUCUCCCGCCCCUCUUCGACCCAAGGGCUAAAUCCCCAAGGUUCCCCUCAGGAUGUACCCGCUCAACAGCCACGUCCAGCGUCCGGACUACAGAGCUCCCUGGACUCCACUGGUAUCGGCCUAGCCACACCUCCACACUUCAAUCCGGGGAGGACAGAAGACCAGUGCAGUACGUGAGCCGUAAACUGUUCCCUCGUGAGACUCGCUACUCCACUGUUGAGAAAGAGGCUCUGGCUAUUAAGUGGGCCAUUGACACUCUUAAAUACUAUUUGGUGGGCAAAGACUUUGUCCUUGAGACAGACCAUAGGGCCCUGCAGUGGCUCCAUCGCAUGAGGGAUUUUAAUUCAAGGAUUACCCGUUGGCACCUGUCGUUGCAGCCCUACAAGUUCACUGUGAAGUACAAGGCUGGCAAGGACAAUAUUAUUGCGGACUUCCUUUCGCGUCAUGACAUGGACGCUCUCUCUUAAGGGGGGGGUUGUGUGACGGUGCGCUCGGCGACCGUCACGGCAGUUAUACACUGCCCCGAGUACACGUGUGUGACGGUGCGCACAGCGUCCAUCACGGCAGUGAUACGCUGCAUCGUUUACACGUGUAUCUCUACAAAUGUUAACUAUGUGUUGCACGUCUGUUGUCCGUGGCCACAUACCAUGUUUAUGUUUAUUAACCCAUCCAUUUCCAUCCAAACAGCCGUGCAAAAGCUUCCUUCCACCAAGUACACCGCUACAGUUUAUACACCUUUGUACCCGUCAGUUUUCCGUUAAAAUCACCACUCCGCACAAUGUCUUAUGUUAUAAAUGUUCCGUUUAUUUGGUUUAAAAGGUCACAUUAAUUGCAUAUUACUCAGCGUCGUUUUACCGUGGUUCAGCGUCGCGUCUUCGUUUGUUGUGAAAGGCGAGCGCCCGGUGACGCGGAAGUAAAUAGGCGUUCGACUUCCGGGUUAGCCGGAAGUGAACCCGAGGAGUAUUUUAUUUUUGUUUAGAAUGAUAUUUUAUUAGUUUGCUAUGCCUUCUUGGGGGAAUUGUGCAGUUAAUAGGUUGCAAAGUAUUUGUCUUGUCAAAUAAUUUGUGGGAUAAGCUGUUAAAGCUUUGGGGGAUUUUUUACCUGUGACACCCUUGUGUUUGAUUGUAUGUUGGAUUGUUCCAACUGUGGGGGCGGGGUUAGAUCGCAUAUAAGCCUGUGGGUUCAGUCUGUAAGGGGAAAAAGCAAGAGAAGGACGUAAGUCUGAGAGCGCCCCUUGGAAGUGUUAUGCUGAGAAGUAUAUUGAUAUUGAUAUUUGUAUUGUAUUGUAUUGGGCCCACGUGCCGCUUUAUUUUUUUUGAUUUGCAAGUGUUUGUUUUUUCUUGCUCUUUUUUUUUUUUUUUUUUAAAUUAUAUAUUUUUCUAGUUAAUUCUGCCUUGUCGGCCUUAUUAUGGGAUAAUAAAUAAUUCCCUUUAUUCACCUUCA